UGUGUGUUUCUGGCCACAGCUGUGAGGACAACGACAAAGAACUUGCUGCACAGAUCUGUGAUACAAGUGAUAACGCUAAGUGAACAGCUCAAAAUCUUCAGUACUGAUUAGAUCCUAGAAAAGUAUUUAAGGAAACGGCUGAACGUCUUCGGCUCCAGCUUUAAGAGAACUCGUGGUAGCGUCGAUGAGUAUAUAAUAUUAUGCCAGCGGUAGAAGCGCUGUGUGAAGGAGGCAGCCGGCGCGCCGCAGCCAUGUUGGAGUAGAAGGCCCCCCGUCCUCCACCGAUCCUCACGAGUCCACGUCUACCUGCAGGAGGUAGAGAGGUGGCCGCCAGGAUGAGCGAGGAGUUAUCCGUGGCCACGGUGGACGGCAGCAUGCAGCAGCAAGGGGGCGGCACCAUACACUCGUCGGACACGCUGACCCUCGACACCCCGCCCACCGCCCCGCCCUCAGACUCCUCCCACCAGCACCACCACUACCGCCAGUCCGGCUCCCACCUCAGCUAUGUCUCCGACAAGCUCGACCUCCGGACUCCCGACGCCAUCAAGGAGAAGGAUGGCAUGGAUGAUCGGGUGGAGAGGAGUGUGAGUGGGUUGAGCGGGCGUGUGCCCUCCAUGCCCCAGGGUAUGGCGGGCGUGGUGGUGCCCUAUGACCCCGAGUGCGGGUGUAUGGUACCCAUACCCCCCUAUCCGACCUCCGCCAAGACGUCGACGUUCAUCACGCUGUCGCUGCUGUACGCCACGCUGCUGGUGGUGGUGUGCCUGGGCUUCGUCCUCUCCGAGGUCCUCACGCACAACGUUCCUCUCUACUACUACGAGGCAUUCUUCACAUACCUGUAUGGCCUGAGCAUACUGUUCCUGCUGUACGUGUUCUGCUACCUUCUCUCAGACUCGGCCCGUGAUAGGAAACCCAAAAAACCCCAGGUCUUUAUGGGUCACCACUCUGGCCAGUACAAUGUGUCCGAGUAUGAAUAUUACGCAUACAAUGAGGGGGUGCUGCAGAAGGUGCGACAACCAGAGGGCAUUCCUGAUGGGUCACCUACUCAGGAGAAGCUGACACCAUCGUCCUGCAGCAAGCCACGCAAGCACAAGACCUCUGACAAUGAACACAGCCAUGGCUCAUUCUUUCUCAGGAUUGGUGCCAUUGCUUUUGGAUUGGGUACAAUGAUCUACAAUGGAUUAGAAUUUGGUGUGUUUUUCGAGAUACCCAUCACAUCACCAUGUUAUCAGAUUCUGCGUGGAGUCAAUCCUCUGCUGCAACUAGUGUUCACAUUCAUGCAGAUGUAUUUCAUCUUCAUGAAUGCCAGGCUAAAUAUCCACAAGUUCAAAUUCCUUGCUCGAUUUGGGUUGAUGCACAUCGUGGCCACGAACCUGUGCGUGUGGGUGCGAACCCUUGUACGGGAGAGCCUGAAGGAAAUCAACGAGUUCAGGGUAACACAAGGACACAAGGGAGAAGACUACAUGAUCCUUGAGGGUAUUCGGCGCGCACUGGAAAAUCGUGGCCUCAUGGCCCCCAACAAGUACCUCUAUAAUCUGGACGAUUUCGUUGAAAUGCAGGAAAUCAAUGAAACCAUGCAGCAGGCAACUGGUUGGGUGAAUGAAGAGGACAUUGUCAACCGUACUUGUGAGCGAGUGGAGAUAAUGGGUUCCAUUGUGUCCGACUCUGCCCCAUACCUGUACCCCUUCAUCAUUGAGUACUCUCUUAUCGGCGCUGCAGUGCUCUAUAUAAUGUGGAAACAUAUUGGUCGGAACCCAAGGUUUGUUUAUGACCCUGAAGUGGCAGGAGAUGGCAUGUCAGUCGUGUCGAGGCGCUGUCACUCCAGAGUGGAUUGUGUCGGGGCCAGCAAGGGGCUCUUCUGUGGCCUUCUUGUCCUAGUGGCUUCACUGAUAUGUCUCAUCCUCUUCUUCGUGCUAGUCAACCGAGAGGAGCUCAAGAUGCUGGCCAUAUACCUGGCUGACUGCUCGCACUGCGGGAUCAUGUUCUUCAGUAUAAUUGCCAUGUUCAUUGGUUUUGUUAGGGUUCGCCAGCUCAAGUUCCACGGAGAGCGAGAAGAGGAACUGGAUGACAUUCUUCUCAUGGUUUCUGCAUUUGGUCUCUUCGCAUAUGCUGUUUUCUCAACAGUUGCUGGGUCUCUCUCUGCAUACACCAAAGAACCAAAUUUACUUGUCAUGGUUACUGGAAUCCUUUCUGUGCUUCAGGUGAUAAUUCAGAUGGUGUUCAUCAAGGACACGCAGCGGCGCCAGGUUUCCCUACCAGAACAUGAACGAACUAAACCUGGUCGGCAGGUUGUUACGUUCUUGCUCAUUUGUAACCUGACUAUGUGGGUCAUUUACACCUUUGAAACUCAGAAAGUGGAAGCAAAUCCAGUUCAGCUGGAGUUCUUUGGUGACCUCCCUUGGACAAUUCUACUGAGAUGCACCCUACCACUGGCUAUCUUCCAUCGCUUCCAUUCCACUGUGGUCUUGGCUGCCAUCUGGAAGAAUUCAUACAAGACCCGUAUUGAAUGAGGUUUACCAGGUAGGCCGCCGCCCACCACGACGGUCCACAGCAUCAGUAGUUGCUUUAUCCAUACCAACGGAGUGGCCCGAGGGGUCCCUGACAACCCACCCCCGGAAAUGGAACCUAUGCUUCACACACCUACUAGUCCUCCACCAGCCUUGGACCAACGCUCUGAACAUAAAGUUUCACUCUUCAGUAUCAUAUAAACAGUUUUUUUUCUGUCUUAUGAUCUAGCAAGAUCCUAUUUAGAGUAUUUACUCUAAACAUAUUGCAGUGAAAUAUUCAUCAAACAGACAGGGUUUGCAUAUUCUCCAAUUGUUCCACAUCAAAAUGUGCCAUUUUCAAUGGAAAAUCACAAAAGUACAAGCAGCAAUGAUGCUAUGGACAGUGUUAUUUCUUAAUAUUGUAUUAAAUGUUUCUCAUGAACGGUUUCCUGCAUUUCAAUGAAGGAAAUUUAAAUGUUUUUCAUGUGAGGAUUGCUAUAUUGGAUUUCCAGUACUUCGUUUUUCAAAUCAGUAUUCCCAGUGUAACUGCGUGUGAAGGCUAUCAGACUCUGUGUUGUAAGUUAUGCCUCAAUGCUGUAAAUACUGUAGAUGCUUACCCAAGCUUUAAGUCUGGCAAAUGCUUUUUGUUAUCUGCAGUAAUAGUGUACAAUAGUCUAAGUCGCAUGGAGAACUCGCCUACCCUUUGCUCGUGGGUCCUGAUCAGGCUUUUUUUUUUCCCCAGUAUUGCAAAUUAUCUGCUGUUCAAAUUUAUCCUGUGCACGAGAUAACAUUUUACUUGCUUUUAGAGUAAAACUGCAAUGAAUUUGUUAAGAACAGGCAAAAAAAUUCAGCUGGUCGAGAUCCACCAAAUAAAUGUGUUCAGAAUGAGUCUCCGGCAGCUACAAAGUCACAAAUCCACCCUCCCUUCCCCCUUCCUUUUCCAAUUUGUAUAUAUAAGGCUCACUCCAUGAUGUGUUUAUCCAGCAGCACUUCCUGAUUAUGUUUACCGUUAGACUUAGAACUCCUGUUGCUGUAGUUAUGUGUUUGUAUAACACAGUGGCUGCUUUUUGUAAAUACCAUAUGGCUGUCUUGCUGUUUGACCAAUCUCAGUAUUUCUCCAUAGUACAUGAUUGUAUUUGUGCAAGGUGGAAAGUAUUUCAUUUGUCUUUUAUAUUGUGAGUGAAGAUUGUGUAGUGUGAUUAAUUUCACACGCUGUAACUGAUGAGACUUUGCUCAAGUACCUACCACAAGACUUCUCAAGAAGCACAAAGUACUGUACUGGAGCAAGUUUAUCAGAUAUCUUAUCCAGAACAAUUUGUAUGAAGUGUGUGUUAAUUGUACCUGUCCUAUAUUAGGCAAGAGCUACCGAGAAUAACCAAAUGAUUUGAUUGGCAGUCGAGUUUAUUAAAAAAUAUAUCAAGGCUAUAAGACAAUAACGCAUGCAAGCCCUAUUUUCCAAAAAAAUUUCAUCAAAAUAUAGAAUAUAUUUUUUGGCUCCCUUUUGUUUCUCUGUAGCUAGUAGCUUUAAUAAAUAAAUCUUGGUGAAUAAGUGAGUAUUGACCAUAUAAGAACUUGUGUACCAUUUGUGCAUCUCACAUUUUGGGGUUUGGAAACACGACAAUAAGUAGGAUGACCUUUAGCAAAAGUUUUACAUGGAUUUUGCAUUUUUUGAAUAUGCGUAUUUUGUAUUCACGAGCAAGUCACAAACCGGACUGUUCUCGUAUUGCAAGACUUGUAGCCAUGACUCGUAGCUCUUUUGUGCGUGGCAAGCCUCUGUGAACUUCAUCUGGAGCAAGUCUUCAUGCCGUGUUAUACAAGAAGUCUGGCCUGUUGAGCACUGCUGUGUGUCCAGUUCAUCAGCAGUAUUGGGUUUUGCAUUACUAUGAAUAAAUUUACACUGCCAUAUUUUAUCUUUUCUGCAUCAUAUUACCUGGUUGUGAUAAGACACCCAUGAGGACCAUUUUUCCCACCAGGUUAAUAGAUGCUCAGAAUUCUCAUGAAAUCAUGAUGAAUUGUCUUGAGACACAGUGGACAGGCCACCUACUAUGUUUACUGCAUUAAAUAUAAAUGUUCGUACCAUAAAA